AUGCCGGACUCCUUCGCCGUCCACUUCCUCAAGGUGCUGAAGGAGCUGCUGGCCUUCGUCCUGUUCAGUUACACCGUGCUGCUCGGGGCGCUGCUGCUCGCCGGCUGGACGACGUACUUCUUGGUGCUUAAAUGA